CCUAAAUACUCUCUAGUGGAGAGUUCUUUUCUGGGCCGGAUUUUUCACUGCGAGGAUCGAUUGAUCUCGAUUUGUAGGAGCAGCGGCAGCAGCAGAGGCUAAGGCGCUUGGAUCUGCGCGGUGUGAUCGACUCGAUCGAUUUGACCUAAGGGAAGGGAUAGAGCGCGGCCAUGGGCGCUUUGAUCUCUAGAGUGUGGUUUAUGGUGUUCCCGGCCAAGGAGUAUAAGAUCGUGGUGGUGGGGUUGGACAACGCGGGCAAGACGACGACGCUCUACAAGCUCCAUCUCGGCGAAGUGGUAGUGACGCAGCCCACCGUCGGCAGCAAUGUCGAGGAGAUUGUCUACAAGAACAUCCGAUUCGAGGUGUGGGACUUGGGAGGCCAGGAGCGCUUGCGAGCGUCGUGGGUCACGUACUACCGAGGAGCCCACGCAGUGAUCUUGGUGGUGGACAGCACGGACCGCGCGAGAAUCGCCGUGAUCAAAGACGAGCUCUUCCGGCUGCUCCAGCACGAGGACUUGCAGCAGGCGGUGGUGCUCGUCUUCGCCAACAAGCAGGACCUCAAGGACGCCAUGGCUCCCGCGGAGAUCACCGACGCUCUCUCCCUGCACACCAUCAAGAACCACGACUGGCACAUCCAGGCCUGCUGUGCCUUGACAGGCGAGGGAUUGUUCGAUGGCCUCGGCUGGGUAGCGCAGCAUGUCACUGGAAACAAGACCGCUACCACCGCUGCUCCACCAGCGAGUUGAAAGAACCAAAAGAGAUUUUUAGAACACUCGCGUACCAAGAGUUUGUGUGAUCAUUCUUAUACUUGUUGGAAACGUCUAAAGAGCUCGUCUCGAAACCA